AUGCCUGCGUGGGAGGUGGUCCGCACGAGCACGCUCUCGAGGCGGUGGCGCCACAUCUGGGCCUCCGCGCCGUGCCUCGACAUCCACUAUCCGUGCGGCUGCGUCGACGGCCCCAACGCCGGCCAGGAUUGGUACGCCCAGUUCGUCAAGCACCUGCUUCUCAAGCGCAGUUUGUUCGAGCCGCUGGACACGCUCCGGCUGCAUUGGAACCACGACGACGCCAACACGUGGAUCGAGCAUGCUCUCAGACAUCCUGCAUCUCAGCCACUUGGAAAUGAACAACAACCCCUCUCGCAGCUCUGUUCUAGGUGCACCUCUUUGGAGGAACUAGAGCUCAAGAACGUCUACAUAUAUGCCUCGCACAUUCGAUCAACCUCACUCAAGCGUUUGACUAUGGUCAGAUGCGUCAACCGUUGCGGCCUCUCUGUUGAUGCUCCGUACCUUGUUUUGCUGCGCUGCAUCAGACCUCACAAUUUUGUUCCUCGGAUCGUGGACUCGUCGUACCUGUUGACAGCCACUAUCAUGCUUGACGACACUUGCUUGACGUCUCGUGUUGUCCCUUGCCACAGCUGUGCGAAUGAUGAGGACCCUGUGCACGGUGAAUCUCAGUCUGCAUCUGAUGAUAGUAGGCCUGAAGGUUCUGAUUCCGAGGACCCUGGGCACAGUGAAUCUCAAUCUGCAUCUGAUGAUAGUAGGCCUGAAGGUUCUGAUGCUGAGGACCUUGGACACAGUGAAUCUCAAUCUGCAUCUGAUGAUAGUAGGCCUGAAGGUUCUGAUGCUGAGGACCUUGGGCACAGUGAAUCUCAACCUGAACCUGAUGAUAAUAGGUCUGCAGAUGCUGACGACCUUCGGGACACUGAAUCUCAAUCUGAACCUGCUGAUGAUAGCUCUGCCGUAUCAGGUGCUGAGCACCCGGACAACAAUGACGAUGACGCUGAGAUUGCAGAUGUGUAUUCAAGUGAGGAUGACUGCUACGGAACUCCAACUCGUGGUGGCCAUGGUAUUCUUCGCAGCCUCUCCAAUGUGAUAACAUUGAACUUGAGAGCACACUAUGGGCAGCUUCUGCUAUUCAAUGAAAUUAAGAACUGCCCUGAGUUCAGAAACCUGAGGACUCUAUCGCUUGGUGAAUGGUGCACAGAUCCCGGCUUUGAUUCAUUGUCAACCAUGCUGGGGAAAUCGCCCAACUUAGAGAACCUUUUUAUUCACCUCCUGGCCUACAGCAAUCCAAGAGAAAGAUCAUUUACUUGCAACAACCUGAGGGUGAAGAUCUCAUAUUCAAUGAGCGAUGGCAGACUGGCCCAUCAGUUGGAAACCUUCUUAUGCGCCAAUUAUGGUUCAAGGGAGAAGCACAAGGUGCAGGACGAAGCUGCCAAUAGUCCAGCGAAGUAAGGUGUGGCUUGCAUAGUGCAUACUGCUUCUAAAUGAGGACCAGCUUGUUGCUGUCCUACCAUGUCAGUAAGUGUUUUUUUUUCGAAACGAGGCAACCGUGUCGGUAAGUGUGACCUUGGGGUAAAUUGCAGCCGGGACGCCAUUGAUCAGAUGGCAGACACAGUAAAUGGCAGAUUUUUGUCA